AUGAUGGCUUGGUCUGGCACUGGUGUUAUUGUCAUUUUAGCGGCGAUGAAUGAGACAGUUGAUAUAAAUGUACUGAAAACGACGAACCAGCAGCAGCAACAGCAACAGCAGCAGCAGCAGCAAAAGAGCUCAACGGUGCAGGAGAUCGAACGACUGCAAAAAAAUCGUGAAGAACGACGCGCGCAACAGACAAUUCCUCAGUGGAUAAUCAAUAAAAACUUUCAGCAAGAAGCAAGAAGACAAAAGGAGCAGUUGAAGAAUAUUGACCCGGGCAACCCGAACUGGCAAUUUUUGACGAUGAUCCGCGACUACCAGUCGCAGAUCGAUUUUCGCCCUCUGAAAAUGACUGAUCAGGUAAGCGACCAUCGAAUAUGCGUAUGUGUUCGGAAGAGGCCUCUGAACAGGAAAGAAAUAAUGAAAAAAGAGAUUGAGGUGAUCACGAUCCCGAAUCGAGACCAUCUGAUUGUCCAUCAGCCACAGGUGAAAGUCGACUUAACAAAGUAUCUUGACAACCAGAAGUUCCGAUUUGAUUACACAUUCGACGAGAAUACCAGCAAUGAGAUGGUUUACAAGUGUGCCUUCCAUUUUAUGCGUUUUAUGCUGUGUAACAGCAGUACAAAACGCAUAUUGUCUCGGGGUUGUCUAUGUGUGUAUUUGUGUGUGUGUGUGUGUGUAUGUGUGUGUGCCCGCAGCAACUUGUCCGCAACGCUCAACUCGAGAACCACAAAAGCUAGGAAGCUGAAAAUUUAG